AAGAACAGAGAAGGCCAUUACCAUCCAACAGGAAGAGAAGUCUGAUGUUAUCCGUGUUUUUGGUGCAUUAUACAUUCUCACAGACGACAAACUCAAGUGGAAACUGUUGAUUUCUACAAAGUUGGUCUGACGACUGGGUAACACUUCUGAUAUCACACUUGAGGGUGAUGUCAUGGUGUGAGUUUUAUCAGCAGGACAUAUGAUAUAAUCGCUGGAACAAAUACAUCACGAUGAUGACUUAAUGCACCUGCCCUUUGCACUGCAAGAAAUAAUCAUGGAUGGUGUUUGUGCCCAUAUGAAACUGCUACAGAAGAUCCUUCACACAUGGAACCCUGUGAUGAGUGGCUGGGAUACUGCAAGAGUGGAUAUAUUAUAACGGUAUAUUUAAGAAACUCUUCAUAUUCAAAUUAAUUACAACAUUCUGACCAAAUCUUACACAAACGGAGAAAUUAUUCAAGAGGAUGACUUAUUGAAAUGUGUUUCUACAUUGUUUAGUGGAUGUGUCUGGAUGUGUUAAUUUGCAGAAAAUAUUUUCUGUUUCCGAUUUGUGUUCUUGAAGCUUCAGUGAUCUGUGGUAAACAGACUGUUUUUGGUGGAGCGUACUUGUUAUGAAAGAACCAGUUGUGUGUAUAAUACCCAGUGCAAGUUGAUGACAGCUGCAGACUGUGUGGAAUACUUCUGGAUUUGUUUUACAAAACAAUAUUAACAAAAACUGUAGUGAAUGCAUUACACUGGAUCUCCAUGUGUUGAAAUCAUUGAACCGUAAGUGAUUUCAUGAAUGUUAUUAUAGAAGAAAAUGCCUGGAUAGAACGUCAGCUGACUCUGGAGUUGUAAACUCUGCACCAAUCCUUGUGGUAUAUACUCUGUGUUUAAUUAUCAGUGAACACCUUUUGCUGUUGUUUUGAUGUGUCAACUGAAACUCCAGCCUUGUUAGACUGUCUGUGAUACCAUCAUCAGAAACAACUUUAGUUGAUGUUCAAACCCCUGUCCAGUGUUUUUAUCACCAUUACCUGUUCAGACCUACUGCAAGAGCCCAUCCUUUUCUCAGAGACCAUUUUUGAGAGUCUUCUUGCAGACUUGAAAACAAGAACUGCCAGAAAACUCUAAAAGGCCUUUUAUGUAUUUGCAAGCUCGUGUCUGCCUGGAUUCUAUUGGUGAGGGUUGAGUGUGUAUUUAGCCCCUCCACUUUGAGCGGACCUCAGCCCGGACAUCUCCACAUCACCCUCCCACCUCCAUCCCAAUAUCUCCUAAAGUGUGCAUUGAUUGUAAAGAAACACCAGGUUCACACUCCUUGUGACCAGUAGCGUCCUCUGCCCUCUGCCUGUUUGGAACCUUCCUCUGCUUGCUAGCAAAUCUGCGAGCAACUGUUGCCUCCAGAGACUGGCUAUUGAUGUUCCGAGGAACCAACGCUCUGUUGGCCCCUUUAAUGACUACUGCAUAUGUUGCAACAGCCAGGCAUGGGAUAUAGGCGUUGAAUACGACUCUGCUGGUGAUACAAGCUGGCAUUGAUAGAAGCAGCCUAUGGUGGGCUGAGACAGGCAGAUUCAUGUUAUCAGAUUGCUCAAUAAUAAGAUCCUGAUCGGAGAGUUUGAUAGCAGCAUAUGUGAAAUCUGUGCUACCUGUAUGAGCUCUUCUGAUUGGAGGAGAAGACAAACAGGGGUGUGGCUUUAAAGCAAAGUUUGAAUCAUUUCCUGCUUUUUUGAAAAGCAAUUUAUAAAGGUGGAAACGUUUGAAAACUUGAAAAUCAUUUGAAACUCAUUUAGUGUGAGAGUUGUAUUGAGGUUGUGGUUACUGACUGAUUUGUUAGUGAGGAGUGAUCUCACACUAGAAGACAUAAGAGAAAACGUUUGUCCCUGGAGUUUUGUUGACAGGAUUUGAGACAAUUCACACACCUAACUAAAGACCAUUUGUGGGUUUUACUCCCAGUGAACAAGAUUGUUACAAGAUUGUGCUGCAAGUGUUUUCUUCUAGCAUCAGCUGAACUGACUGGUAUACUCUUCUGUCUGUCUACAAAUAUUGAGCCAGCGGAGACAUAUAAAGACACAGUUUGACAUUUGGAUGCACCGUCAAGUCUGAUGGCACCAAAGCUUGAUCAGUCUGUAGGAGAAUAGCAUCCGACUGCUGACAGAGAUCGUCGUUGUUGUGAUUUUACCUUGCAGUCUUAUGAAUAAUUCCAUGCAAAAAGUAUUGCACUGAGGAGAAAAGCCAUUGUGAUAUGUUUCAACUAUAAUCCUAGAUUUUGAGUGGAUGACAGCCUUGACUAUGUUCCUGUCCCAGUGAGGAAUUACAGAGUUGUCUGCCCACUGUGACCAUCACCUUGUCCACAAUGACGACCUACUCGGGUCACAACACAACAGGGAGCUUUCUCCAUAUUGCCUUUUCCCCUUACAGUCCUUUGACCACAGUUAACCCCAACAUGACUACAGAACCAACUCCAGGCCCUGACGGACCAAACUGCACUGCAAAAUACAUUCCUGGCGUACUCAGUGAAUCCGCCUCCAUUGGUCUGGAGUCCUUUAGCAGCAGCUAUGGACAUUAUCAUGGUUAUGUCAGUGCCAUAGUGUGCUUCUUUGGAAUGAUGGCUAACAUUGCCAACAUCAUUGUGUUGACUCGCAAGAAUAUGAUCUCAUCCACAAACACGAUAUUGAUGUGGCUGGCUGUUGCCGAUCUGCUCACGAUGAUGUCCUAUUUCCCUUUCGCCAUCCACUUUUACAUCCUGCGCGAUCCACAACUACCGAUGUUCCACACUCUCUAUCAUGGCUGGAUCUGGUUCCUGAUGUUUCAUGCUAACUUCAGCAUUGUGUGUCAUACUGUGGCAAUAUGGCUGACGAUCGCUCUCGCUAUAUUCCGUUACAUUUACAUAUGUAUGCCCACUAGGGGCAUGGUGUACUGUAGUCUAAGACGUGCAAAAAUUACAAUUUUCAUAGUUUAUUUUCUAACUUUUAUUAUCUGUAUUCCAAAUUAUGUCAUUAACCGUAUAGAGAAAAUGACACGGGAGGAGAUGCACUUGCUGUAUGGCAUGCCGAUGCCGGAAUCAGGUAACCGAACUGAAAAUCAUACCCAGGACAAAGUGUAUUUUCCUUAUCAGUGGAGAGAAUCAGAAGUUGCUGAGAUCAUUCUACAGAUCAACAACUGGAUCCAGGCGAUCUUCAUCAAACUGAUUCCGUGUGUUAUGCUGAUGACACUCACAAUUCUGCUUGUCCAUGCCAUGCACAAAGCCUACCGCAAACGCAUGAGGUUAAAAUCAGAAGGACGCAAAGCCGAGUCUGACAAACAUGGUGAACACAAUCGUACGACUGGGAUGUUGCUGGCUGUGGUGGCGCUGUUCAUGAUCACCGAGUUACCCCAGGGCCUUCUAUCUCUGAUGAACAUCUUCAUCCCAUGUUUCCAAGACAAGGUGUACAACAGGCUCGGGGACCUUCUCGACAUCAUGGCUCUCCUCAAUAACUCAAUCAACUUUGUCCUGUACUGCACCAUGAGCAAACAGUUCCGAGACACCUUCAUGGAAGUCUUCUGCAAAGUCUGCACCAAAAACAAACCAGGCUGGCUCAAACUUAAGGUGGUCUCUUCCACCAAUGGGAACUCCAGGUCGUCUGAAACCAAUCACACGCAUGUUUGAUGGUCUCUUGCUGAUCAGUAGAAACAGAGAUCAUGCAAUUAUUUCAUCUGAGAUCUCUAAAGUUUGCAAGGAGGAAAGUGGAACCAAACCAGCGAACUUUAGUUGAUGGAAGUGUCUGGUUACCAUGGUUCCAGGAAACUGUUGUUUUUGGAGACAGUGUAAGAAAAUGGUAAUCAGUGGGCUGUGAUACAAGGAACUGUGCAUUUGAAAGGAAGAGGUCACUGGUUACCAUGGUUUGGAAGCUAUUGUUGCAGAUGUCAGGUACGGAGACUAUGUUCACUUGGAACUUGAUGUCAGAAAUAGAAUUAUGGACUGAAAGGACACAGGUGUGAUCCACAUACACUUAGUAGGUUGUUAUUCCUGUCUGGGCAUAGAGUGACAACGGUCUUACAGUUGUAUGUAGGAAGGAAUUGGCCUUGAACUUGGACAACAAAAACUGAACAGAUAUUGUGUUGAAAAUCUACUGGGAAGAGACUUGUGGAUCUGUUCUGAUUCAUGUUGUAGCUGAGUGUGUACAGUGGACUCAGAUGUUUGAAGGUUAUGUGAUGAAAUGAUGGCAGUCUGACCUGAUAUACUGUUGUGGAAACUGGUUGUUUCUGGCAGCCUUGGAAAGUGAUGAUAGCUUGUUUCUCAGCAUUGAGACUGGCAACUAAUUUGUUAGAACUAAUGAUAUGAUAUUUGGAUGAUGACUUGUGGAGCAGACACACAGCUUGGAUAUUUCCUCCAGAAUGUUUUUAUGUUCCAUGGACUUACUCCAUGGAUCAAAGAGAUUUCGGGGAACUGAUGUGUACAAAGUAUUGAGUGAUUGGUUCAUGGUUUGUGAGCAAAUACUUCAGUACCAUCGUCUUGCAGAACACUGUCCACUUCAUAGACAGGAUUGGGAUGAGUAAGAACAUACUGGA